AUGUCCAAGGUGCCCAUUUUGUGCAGAGUGCAAGCUCGGUACCCAUUCAACUCCAACGACCCCUCAUCGCUGAGUUUUCAACAAGGAGAUUUCAUUGAGGUUCUUACCAAACUCGAUUCCGGUUGGUGGGAUGGCUGGUGCAACGGGGUGCGUGGUUGGUUUCCUAGCAACUAUGUCCAAAUCAUUGAUGAUUAUGAGCAAGAAGAUGAUACUGCAGAACAUCGUGGCAGCUUAGCGGAUCCUCGAUUACAUCGUGAGGAGAAUUUUACGCGAUACACGUCCACAUCAGACGAAUCAGAUAUUGUCACCCCAAGAACAAAGAAUGGUGUUCCUCUUCGCACGAAUCAUGAGUAUCGCCUAAGUCUUCCUUAUCAAGGCCUCGAUCCACCUGAUCUUUCCAAAUCAUCCAUGGCUCAAGUGAAAACAAAGCCGAUGUUACCGCCCAAUUGGUCUCUCCAAAUGACUGAGGAUGGAUCAGAGUGCUAUUAUUACAACCAUGUCACCGGGGAAAUGCGAUCCACCCAUCCAGAAGAUGUUUCGGAUACAGAGAUUGAUGACAAUGCAUCUUAUGGCGUCAAUGGCUCAAUUGAUGAUGAGGAGGAAGAGGAAGAGGACUAUGAUUUCAAAUCGGUUGAUAGUCGUCCUUGGGAAGAACGCACACCGGAUGAUAGUACUCCUGAAAAGAUCCCUUCUCCUUGGAUGAAACGCACCAAUAGUCAAGGACGGAUAUGUUAUUUUAAUCCUGUCACGAAUCAAAUGGUCGUUGAUUUAUCAGAGAUUGAUCCAAGCACCGGCAAGAUCAAAUCGGAUGAACAAUGGCGACCUCCUUUACCAGAUGAUCCACCUACACCCUCUAUACCACCAAAACCAUUACCACGAUCACCCUCACGACAAACAUCGGUUCGCCGCACAUCCGUCAUUGACAACAAUGAACCAUUGACAUGGAACAAGUUGUCAGCACAUAUUGCUUUGGCGAUUCAUAAUCUCAACACGGCAGCCAAAAAUGGUCAAAGGACGCUAUUUAUCCCCAACGCAGCAGCCAUUGUCAACGCUAUACGCAUGAUGCUCAUUACAUCUGGCACCAUUGAUAAGGAAUCCGUGUAUAUCAAGGGCAACUCUGUACUACGUGCACAUCACCGUGCUAUGAUGGCAUCCAUGUCCAAACUUGUCCUUUCCUCUCAGCUCAGUGCCGACAGCACCAGUGAAAACAUUGGCAAGAUGCUUUCAGAUUCCAACGAGUUGCUUUUGGCUGUGCGUAAUUUUGUAACCACUUGUCAAGAAAUUCCAGUUGCUGUGCAACACAUGGAUCCUAUAUUGACCGACAAGGCACCACGCAAAGCCGGUGACUCUUCAGCAGCAGCAGCAGCAGCAGCGGCAGGAGCAGCUGGCACACCACGUACCAAAUAUACAUUGCAAAGCGACCUUGCUGAUAAUCUCGAGACGUAUGGUGCAAGCAUGCAUGAGUCUUUGGAAGCCAUGUUACAAAGCAUACGCCGUGAUGUUAGCUCUGAGGAGUCACGUUUUUCAUUGGCAGCACUUGUAUUCACACAAUUUCGCAACCUUGCCAAUCAAACAGCACAAUUUAUUGGGAUCAUUGAAGAUAUCGAUUACAAUGGCAUGGAUGAAUCACCCAAUGUAUUGGAAUUACGACGCAGCCGACAACGAUUGUCUGAUGGGCUUGGUACCUUGUUUUGUUGGAUGCAAUCCAUGACGGAUGAGAGAACGGCACUCAAAAACGUGGUAUCAGAAAUGGAAAAUGCAUCAACAUCCGUCAGCAAUUCCAUUCGUUCCAUUUGUUCAUGCGUUGGACAACUUGUGCGUGAACGAGGAAAAAGUACACCCGCUACACCCACAAGCAAUCAAGCACCCUUAUCGCCAUCACCAGCAGCAGCAGCAGCAGCAACAACAACAACAUCCACCAAUCUUGCCGAUUCGGUUAUCCACGAGGAAGAAGAAGAAGGGGCAUUGGAAAAGGAAGAGAGUCCAGCAGCAGCAACUGAAAGUAUCAGUGAAACGGCUACAACAUCAACAUCUGCAUUGGAAGAAAGUGAAAGUAAAGCAACAUCAGAGGCCGUGCUCACGACUCCUGGUUCACCUACAGCCGAAUCAGUGUCACCUCCAGCAUCCGUUACAAGUGGCCUAAGUGCAGCAGAGAGUACCCGAUCACCAACAACAGCGACAGGCUCGCAAUCCAAAGCUACUUCAAGGAAGCUACAAAAGUUCUUUGGUGAUGAUGCACCUGCUGCCGUGGCUGCUGCAUCCAAACCUUCGGUCAAUGAGCGUAUGUCUUUCCUCGAAUAUGACUAUGAACCAAACGAGAUUGUGUUCAACAUGGAAGGCUAUGUCAAAGGUGGUACUUUACCCGCCCUGGUGGAACGAUUGACAUUGCACGAUUAUCUUGACAUGAACUUUAUCAACACGUUCCUGUUAACGUAUCGAUCCUUUUGUUCAUCCAUGGAACUUUUGAAUCUGCUAAAGGCACGCUACAAUCUCAAAGUCCCCGAGGGCCUUACAGAGGAAGAAGAGGAAAUGUGGACACAAAAAAAGCUCAAAUUGGUGCGAUUGCGUGUGUUUAAUGUCCUCAAGAAUUGGCUAGAGUUGUAUUAUAACGAAGACGAUCAUAUCAUUUUGGAGCCAUUGGAGGAGUUCACAGCAACAAGUAUUCGCAGCUCAUCGAGUUUCUCGGCUGAUCAACUUGAAAAGCUGAUUCGUAUGCGCAAGGAAGAUCAAAGCCAAGGUGGAUUGAAGAAAAUGGUAUUGACCCUUCCUGAUCCUCCAGAGCCCAUUCUUCCACGCAAUAGGAAAAAGCUCCGAUUGAUGGACAUUGACACUUUGGAAAUGGCGCGACAGCUUACCAUCAUGGAUUUCAACUUGUACAGCUCUAUACGACCUGUUGAAUGCCUUGAUAAGGCCUGGUCCAAAGACUCAGGAGAUGAUACCAACGUGGCAGUCAAUAUCAGAGCAUCUAUUGAAUAUUGUAAUGAGGUGACAUCAUGGGUAUCGGAUGCAAUCUUGAGUCAAAGCGAUAUCAAGAAACGAAGCAAUGUCAUCAAACACUGGAAAUGUCGAUUACUCAACAACUUCAACACUUGCAUGGCCAUCUUGUCAGCCUUUGAUAAUAGCUCAGUGGGACGACUCAAACGGACAUGGGAGAUGGUGGGUGCACGGACCAACCAAACCUUAUCUCAGAUUCGCAAGUUGAUGGGUGCCAAUCGAAACUUUACAGAGUAUCGAGCCAUUAUUCAUUCAAUCAAUCCACCAUGCAUUCCUUUCCUUGGCAUCUACUUGCAAGAUUUGACAUUUAUCGAAGAUGGCAAUCCCAACUAUUUAAAAAAAUCCAAAGAGCUCAUCAAUUUUGCCAAACGAGCCAAGACAGCCGAAGUGAUUCGUGAGAUUCAGCAAUACCAAUCGUCUCUAUACCGCCUCAGACCUGUUGAGGAACUGCAACAAUUCAUUCAAGCCAAUCUGCAAAGCACACGUGACGAAGAACAAUUGUAUAAUGAAAGCUUGAAGCUCGAACCUAGGGAACGCGAAGAUGAAAAGAUCACUCGCCUUUUGCAAGAAUCAGGAUUCUUGUAG